AUGGAUUCCAGCCAUCAUCACGACGAGCAGUACAACUACGCUCCGCUGCCGUACCAGCACGCUCCCGGCCGCGAGUUUCGGCCGCAGCUUUCGCCCCGCAAGCCUGUGCCUGGCGAUUUGCCCUUGUCGUCCUUGCCUGGAAGCGACCAGCCCCAAGGGCCACCUGUUGUUUUGGCUGUCCCUCCGAGAAACGCCGGCACUCAACGGCCCGGGAUCCUGCGUGUGUGGACGUGGGAGCCCCUGUCUCUCCUCGCGAGCAGCGCGGCCUUUGCCGCCAUUGUCGCCGUCCUGCGCGUCUACGAAAACAAACCGCUCUCGUCGUGGAAAGCGCCCGUCUCCAUCAACACCGUCGUCUCCAUCCUGUCGACCGUCUUCAAGGGCCUGCUCGUGACGCCCAUCUCCAAUGGAAUCAGUCAGCUCAAAUGGCUUUCGUUUGCCGAGACGUCACAACCCUUUGUUCACAUGGAUACGUAUGAUGAAGCGAGCCGAGGCGCCUGGGGAUCUCUGCUGUUCUUGGCUCAACAGCUCCGCGGCAAGAGGCUCUCUCUUAUUGCCAGCCUUGGGGCCUUCAUUGCCCUCAUCACAUUGAUCACCGACCCAUUCUCACAGGCCACAGUAUCCAUCAACAGCUGUACCCUCGCAUCCCCACAGCAAGCAAGUAUCCCACGAUUCAACAACUACGACACCUCCAUCCAUGCGGGCAGCGGGCCGUCUCAGCUAUCUCUGAGCAUGCAGUUUGCCGUUUUGGCAGGCUUGUACAACCCGCCAGCAAACAGCUCUCAGGCUAUCAGCCAGUCAAUCACUUGUCCUACAGGGAACUGCACCUUUCCUGGACCAGUCUCACUGAGCACUCUCACCAUGUGCCACUCGUGCCAGGACAUUUCAAGCUCCAUCGAGAUGAAUGGAUCCAACUACUCUGUGCCGGGCUAUCCUUACCCGCUCUCGAUUUCACCUCUCAGCCAAGGCCAGCUGGGAAACAAUUUCGCGAGCGUUUUCGUGACGAACAUUGCGGGAGAAGGCGGUGCGAAUGACCCGGUACCAUGGGCAGAUGGCGCCUGGAAGAAGACUAGCAUAUUCAACUUUCAAGGCUUGGCUUACACGACCGAGACGCCCGAUUGUGUCGCGCAGGAGAACUGUACCUGGACGCCAAUGGCGUUUGACUGCAGUCUUCGACCGGUAACCAAUGGACGGUACAUCGAAACCGAGCUCUCACGAGACUAUCUGCAUUUCCUCAACGUCAGCACGCCCUUUCAACUGGCCGUGGACAAGGUCUUCAUCGAUGGCGCCUGGAUGGACUGUGCCGGCGAAGAGUCCAGAUCCGACACCAACACCGUCCAGAUUCUCCUCCCCGCGAGCCAAGAUAUCCUCAACACAUCGGCAGAGCCACCGAGCCUCUGGUACCCCCAGGGGUGCACGUUUAGCGUGUCCGCCGGCGCAAUGGGGGCUUUCGGGCUGUAUCUCGGCGGCAUCUUCAGCAAGGCGAAAAUCGUGGGCCAACCGCGCACAGUCACCGGCGAUGCCUGGCUUCAGCAGAUGUGGAACGCGGGGCAAAUGACAAUGGCGUCUGUUGAUACCUUUACAGAAGGCCUAGCUCUGAGCAUCGGGGCUGAGAUGCGGAGAAACGGCAGUCGGAGCAUCGGCGGCGAUGGCGCGCUGCCUGUGGCGUGGACGAGGGCCACUGGACAUGCGCAGGAUACCGAGCCAUGUAUUCGGGUGCAUUGGCCGUUCCUGUCCUUCUUGGCCGCCCUACUCGCUCUGGCGGUGGCUUUUGUGAUUGCGCUGGUUGUGGCAAACCAUGGCAGUGCUGCGUGGCAGGCGGAUUGGAAGUCGUCAACACUGCCCAUGUUGUUCCACGCUAUAAAGGGAAAAGAGAGGUACCGUUUUGAGUCGGACGGAAAUACUACCAAGCAAACAGCGCAGUAUUAUGACAUGGCAAAGGUGGUAGAGGCUCAGCUUGUGGAAGAGAAUGAUGAGUGGGUAUUUUCGGCCAGGAACUAG